UAAAAUUUGAAUUUUAAUGAAUAGGUCUCAAUCCCCCAUUAAUGAUAGUCGUAGUCAGAGUUCAUCUAAAAGAUAUGUUUCUCCCAAUGAAAGAUAACAUACUCAAGAAAAUGAACAAGUAAACAUAUUUUUAUACUAUUCAGAAUCAUAAAAAAUUACCAACCACUUAAUAAGUUAAAUCUAAAAUUGUUAAUGUUGAUUAAUCAGAUUUAGGUAGUAUUUUAGGAGAAGUUAACAUCAAUAAUACUAGCAAAAUGUCAAAUAUGACUUAAUUUGCUAAUUUCAUGUAUGUUCCAUGUCCUACUCAUCCUGAAUUUUUUAUUACUAAUCUAUGUUAGGAUUAAGUAUACUUUUAUUUCAAUCUAAUUUAGAAUUGUAUUGAACCUCUAUGUCCUGAAUGUAUUAACGAACAUCUAUAAAUGCACUCAUAAAAAGGAAGAGUCCCAAAAUUAGAAAAUAUUCAAAGAGUCAGAAAAGAUAACACAUAUAAAAUAGAUGAACUUUCUAAAUUAUUGUAAUUUAAAUUAUAAGAUUCAAAGAAGUAUUUCUCAGAAUAACCAUCAAUUAUUUAUAAUAAUAAUCUCGAAUAAUUGAGAUCAAUACAUGAAUAAAUCUCAAAUAUUGUUGAUGACUAUUUUGAAUCUUUGUACAAAGAUUUGAAAGAAUAAAAUUAAGAAGAAUAUUUAAAAUAGUUAACUUAAAUAGAAUAAGAUAUCUUCUAAUAAUAAACAAAACUUAUCAAAUUAUAAGAGGAUUUACAUAAUGAUAACUAUGUUAGAGCAGUCAUCUAAAUCUGUGAUGGUAAAUAAGAGUUAUUUUCUGAUAAGAGUCUUACUUCUUUAGAAAGAUUAAUUUAAAAUUAUUAAUAAUCAUAAAUCAAAAUCAUAUUUGAUAAAAAUAAUAUUGAAUUGUUUUAGACAUACUGUAAAAAAAUGUGCUAUUUUGUUAAGAAUACUUAAUUCCAAAAUAAUUAACAAACAAGUAAUCCAAAAAUAAAUAAGAAUCCUAAACCAGAAGAUAAAUUAAAUCAAUCUACAAUGAAAUUAACUCAUAUUUCUGAAAUACCACCUCCUCUAGUAAAUCCAAUAACUUUGAUUUCUGAUAGUUUAACAAAUGAUGAAGCUAAAUACUAAAUAAAUAAUUCAAAUCAUUUUGAAGAUGGUAAACCUUAAGUUCUGGUAAGAUUAGAAGAAGGAGGUUAUGCUGCAUAUAUUUAUGAUAUUCAAUCCUAACAAUAUAGAAUUGAAACCAUUAAUAGUUCUACAAAAGUCCCAUUAUUUCAUAGAUUAUAUACAACUUCUUCAGGUAAACAUUUAGUUAUUGGGGGAGUUGAUAGAGAUAAAUCAAGAUUUAAAGCUAUUGCUUCAGUUUAUGAAUUUAAUCAUACAAAUUUAUAAUUAAAUUUACAUUCAGAAAUGGUUUUACCUAGAGCAAUGACAUCUGCAUGUUAGGUUGAUAAUUUCGUAUUUGUUGUUGGUGGAUCAUCAACAAAUGAUGAAAAUACAUCUAUGGCUAAGGCUGAAAAACUAGAUUUAACUAAUAAGAGAUGGUAAACUAUUGAAGAUCCCUAUUUUAAAUGUAGUGGAUGUGCAUUAGUAGCUAUUGAUCAAAAUACAAUAUUUAAAAUAGGAGGUAAAUGUGAUAUAUUUACUCCAUGUAACUCUAUUGAAUCAUAUGAUAUUUAGAAGAAUUCUUGGGUAUUAAAUUUAUAUAUUCAUUUCUUUUAGACUAAAAUUGAAUUCAAAUUCUUAUCCAAUGGAUAUUUGAGAUUGCCUUUUAAUAGUUGUGCCAUUAGAAGUUCUUAUGAUUAGAUUCUCAUUUUAGGUGGAUCUGUACAUGAUGUCAAAAGCAAUGAAACUUAGGUAUUUUAUAUUAUAUUAUAAUAAGAUUCUUAAUCUAAAGACUAAAACUCUAUAAAAGUCAAAAGAAUUACCUAAUUCAAUUGAAUUUAAUACUCAAAGUGCUAUUGUAUAGUUCAAUAAUGUUUAUCUACUAACAGAAAAUUAAUAACCCUUAUUGUUUGGGAAUUAAAAUGGAUUUAAAUAUCAAUGA